CGGCGUCUCACCCGCCCCCUCGCAGGAUGCCAGGCGCCCCGCAGCUGGUGAGGUGGGCGCAGCGCGCUGGGCGCAGGAAGCGCGCAGGGUUGGAGAAGAGCGCGCGCCCGCCUCCGCUCCGCCUCCGUCCGGGGGCGCGGGCGCAGUGGCCCCGGCGGAGGAUCGCAGGGGGCAGGGCCGAGACAGCGAGGAGGGGCACAGGAGAAAGCGGGAGCGAUAAAAGGAAGCAAGGCUGCCCCACCCCGCGGCAGGCCAGCGGGCAGGCUCCUGCAUCCCUUCUGUCCCGCCCUUGCCGGUGGCGGCGGCGGGGAGGCGCGCGGCCCGUUGCCGGCCCAUGGAGGCUUUCCCUUGGGCGCCACGCUCGCCCCGCCGCGCCCGCGCCCCCGCGCCUAUGGCGCUCGUGCCCAGCGCCCGCUACGUGAGCGCCUCGGGCCCGGUGCACCCGCAGCCCUUCAGCUCCUGGAACGACUACCUGGGGCUAGCCACGCUCAUCACCAGGGCUAGCGACCGCGGCUCCCCGCAUGAGGGGUCCGGGCCCACGGCUGUGGGGCCCACGCUGGGACCGCCCGAGGACGAUGAAGACGAUGACGGCGAUGAGCCGGAGGCCGAGGGCCGCUACCUGGGCAGCGCGUUGGAACUGCGCGCACUAGAGCUGUGCGCCGGCCCCGCUGAGGCCGGGCUGCUAGAGGAGCGCUUCGCUGAGCUGAACCCGUUUGCAGGGCGCGCCGCUGCGGUGCUGCUGGGCUGCGCGCCCUCUGCCUCCGCCGCCUCCACCACCGAAGUGACGCCGCGCGAAGAGCCAAGCCCUGCGUGGGCUGCUGAGCCUCGUCUGCACGCGGCCUCCGGGGCGACUGCCACGCGUCUGCUGAAACCGGAGCUUCAGGUGUGUGUGUUCUGCCGGAACAACAAGGAGGCGGUGGCGCUCUACACUACACACAUCCUCAAGGGCCCGGACGGCCGGGUGCUGUGCCCGGUCCUGCGCCGCUACACGUGCCCCCUGUGCGGCGCCAGCGGCGACAACGCACACACCAUCAAGUAUUGCCCGCUCUCCAAAGUGCCACCGCCCACCGUCCGCCCGCCGCCGCGCAACAGGGACAGCCUGCCCAGCAAAAAGCUGCGCUAGGAGCGGGCUGCAUCGAGCUGCGUACACCUGAAACCUGCGCUCCUCCCCCUUGGCUCAACUUGGGAAGUCGUCUUAUUUUACGGAAGCCGCAGGGUGAAGCACUUUCUUGUAGAGCGGUCGGACUCUGACGUUGAAAUCUUGAAUUUUGUCCCUAGUUUUUAAAACGCGCAUCCAGGACGGUGAGGGCUGAACAGAUGUACCACCGGUUGAAGUGUGAGGUGAAUGAGACGCUGUUUACUGUAUUCGUCGGUCUAUUUUAGGUGCGCAUCUGUAUGAAAUUUUCUCUGAUCUUGGAUGUUUCGUUUUAUGAAUGGAGGCACUUUAUUAGGUCUAGAGUAUUUUUAAUAGCCUCUGUCUGAACUGAGUGUAAGACUAACAAUUGUAUGGUAUGUCGGCAAAAUGACUAUUUUAUUGUUUGAUGCAAUUAAUUUAUUUUAGUUUGUCAUUCUAAUUGCAGGUAAAGCAACUUAGUACACUUGCCAGUAUUGAGAGGGUUUUCCUCCUCGUGGCUUGUUUCUGUCCUAGAUGGGAGGCUUAAAGGCACAAUCUGUAGCAAGUAGAAUACAGUUCCUUACCCUUUUAUGCAUCAGAUAUUCUGAAUUAGCAAGUAGUCCUUCCAACCCUUAAAAUUAACUGUGCCAAGGCUUAAUGAUAUCGUGUACAUAUUUGGAAAUGGUGCUGUUUAAGAGACGUGCAUUUAUACAGUGACAGUAUUAUGAAUCUAUUAAUCUCCCCUGUAACUCCUACUUAGCAUUUUCUCUAUGCACCACCCAAUUCUUUGUGUCAGAUGUUAAGACAUUUUCUCCUCAGAAAGGAGGAAACAUAUAGAGCAGUGUUAACCCACCUUGAUUACUCAAGUUCAGGAUUCCUAAAUAGGAAAUGGGGUACUAUAAUGCAAUAACUUGAGUUCCAAAAGGUUCUACUCUGGUAUGUUUGCCAUUCAAUUUACAGAGGGUGUACCAGAAUAAACACUUCAAGGCUGUAAAAAUUACGGUUGGAUACAAGUAUAACCUCCCUCCUCUUGGUGGUUCCACUAUUACGUUGAGACCCUUGUCUGCUUCCAGAACCCUAAAACAUCUUCAUGCAAAAGUUCUUAACUCUUUCCAGAACUCCUGUAAAUCCAUCAUACUGAGUGCUGGAAUAUGGCACAAAACUAGCAUCUAGCAUCUAGACAGAAAAGGCAAAGAUAAAGGCAAAGUAAGAUAAAUUCAGACAUGCACCAACCACUAUCUGCAAAUAAAAGAGAUUAAGUAUAUAAGGCUUGUAAUUGUAAGAUUUAGCUAGGAAUACUGAGAGGCUAGACUGCUUUUCGUAUUAAGUAGCGUCUUUACAGCAAACUUACUUUCUUAAAGAGGCUGACGUGAAAAUACUGACAGCUGUAAGCCCUAUUGGUAAAAAGGAGGACGUUCUUAGCAAUGAAGAAAGCUAUCCCUGUUAUAGCCCCACAGUUAUAUUCACUGGGCCUGAACUAAAUAAAACCAUGUUCCUUGUUAUUUUGCUAGAAAACAUACCACUUAUUCUGAGACGAAGUUUUUCAAGGCAACGUAAAUUCACAUCCUUGAACUCUGAUCUGCCUUUUCAAAAAGGUAUUCUAAAUGUUAAAAGAUUUGCUGUAAUCCCACCAGUUAUUUCCCAAGGCAUGUAUUUAAGUACAUGAGCUGAACCAUGAUCACAUGUACCUAAUGACAACUUUUAAUUUUUGACAUCUUACCAGAACUAAAGGCUGCUGAAACUGGCAUGAAACAUUCCAUGGUAUUGAAGACUCUGGAAACUAUCCUCAGUUAGGUAGCUGUUAUAUUAACAGGGAGAUACCUGUCAGGAAAGCGCUUCUAAACACGAGGACCCAAGUUCUAUCCCCAGCACCUACAUAAGGACAUAGUGGUGUGCCUAUAACCCCAGUGCCGAUAGGCAGAAGCCAGCCUUACUACAAGGAUGAGCUCCAGGUCUGAGUGAAAAAACAUGAUCUGAAGUUGGAUCUCCACAUUCCCCUGCAUAUUUGCAAUAAUUUAAACCAAAUUUAACUGUGGUUGCAUCACUGUGGAGGCAGAGCCUCACUAGCGCCAGGUAUGGAAAACUCCAGAUUCAAAAGAAAGACCUUUUAAGAAAACAAUGAGUAGGGCAACUUGACUUCUGACCUCCAUGUACUUGCACACAAUAGUAUCCACACAAAACUGUAUCCCACACGGUAUUCUCCAACCCAUACCCUGUUUCCCAGCUAACAGAUAUUGAAAGUGUACAAUACAAGCAAGAACAAAACUUGUUUUUCUAAUAUUUUAGAAAAAAUAAACUUAGCCCUAAAAAUAGUAAUUCCUUUAAUCCUGCUACCCAGGAGGCAGAGGAAGGCUAAGCAAUCCUUGGAAUGCAAUGUUAUAAAGGUUUUGCAAAAAAAAAAAAAAAAAAAAAAAAAGUUUACAGUAGAUAUCCAGGUUUAGGGCCAGGGAGAAUGCACAAAACCCUAGGAUGCCUAUUAUUAAAGGAACAGAAAUUAAACUUGAUGCCCAAAGUUUCAUAUAACACUUUGAUAAACUUGGCUUCUGCCUAAGGCACUCUGGACCUGGCUAGACCACAAAAAGGCACAGCAUUGUGACAGUUUCACAGAAAGACAAAGGGUUGUGCUGUGCUUUAGCCUGCAUUGUCUAUCCAAACUUGUUAAUUUUAAUAGCUUUUUACCAUUUUGUACUUUAUUUUUCCUAUAAAGUUCUUUUCAGAAGUUAAAUGGCUUUGAUUAAAACUUUUGUUAGAUACAGUAAACCAAAACUAUGUAUUUCAAAACUA